AUGGCAGCUCGAAGGGUUCUGGUGUUUCUCGCUUUCAUCUCUGCUUUUUCCAGCAGUCAGGCUUCAGACUGCUCCUACAACCAACUACUGGACUACCUAAACGUGACCGCAUCAGAUUCACUUCUGGGAAUCUCCCGACCAGUGAAGGACUGGACUAGGACCACACAUGUCCAGCUGGAGACAUCGCUGUAUGGUAUUGUAGACGUGGAUGAGAAGUUUCAAACGGUCACCUGUGACAUCUGGGUCAAAAUGUUUUGGACAAACGAAUUUCUGACCUGGGAUCGCUCUGAGUUUUGUGGGAUUAACUCGCUGACUCUUCCCAGGUCGUUGAUCUGGAUCCCUGAUAUCUCCAUCCAGGAGGACGUCUCUGAUAGCCAGACCGUUGUGGAGGAUGCGUUCGUCACCUUGUAUAACCACGGUUUAAUCAACGGAAACAUGCGGCAGCAUCUAACCUUCACCUGCCAGCUUGACAUCUUCAGAUUCCCCUUCGAUGAGCAACAAUGCAACGUCACCUUUUUUUCCAUGAGCUCUGAUGAUAAAUCCAUAAAACUAGGGACAAUGACAAACUUCACAAACAUCCCACAGCAUUUGGAUGAGAUCACGAAGGCACAGGGAGAAUGGAAACUCAAGGCAACUCACCAUUUUGAAUAUACUGUAGUUGCUGAUGGCAUACCCCAAAGCAAACUUGUGUACAUGGUCACCCUGCAGAGGAAGCCAUUUCUUUAUGUGAUUAAUUUAAUCUUACCACUGCUGUUUUUACUGGUGCUGGAUCUGGGCUCGUUCUUCAUCACCGAGGGCAAAGGUGAAAAGCUGGGGUUCAAAGUGACCAUCCUUCUGUCCAUUUUUGUUUUAUUGCUGAUUCUUAAAGACAUCUUACCGUCUACUGAAGAAAACCUGCCGAUGAUUGCCAUCUACUGUGUUGCGAUUUUCACCCUGGUGUGGAUCAGUGUCCUGGAGACCAUGCUGGUCAGCUUUCUGAUGAGCCUUGGUGGUCCUUAUGAAGAGAGGGCUCGAAGCUCAGGACUCAGAGUUAAUAUUCUGCUGGUAGCAGAUGAUGAUCACAAAGAACCUGCUGGAGUUGGAGAUAAAGUUCCACCAGAGAAGGUUUUAUCUCCUGUGGACCCACCUGGUGACAGCGACAUGCUGAAACUGAUCUUGGACAAAGUGAAGUCGGUUCAACUGGAAUCUAAGAGAAAGAACAAAGUCAAGAGAUGGUCUGGAGGCUGCAGAAGGCUGGCUAAAAUCUUUGACUGUGUCUUUACUUCGGUGUAUUUUCUUACUACCGCAGCUUUUCAGAUUUGGAUUUUUUCCAAUUGGAAUAAGCCACGAUUUUAGACCCAUGGCAAUAUUUACUGCAUGAUUGUUCUGCUAGAAAAAGACUGAAAUAGCUUUAAACAAGACAUUGUGCUCAUUUACAUCACAAAAUGCUUGAAAUGAAGGGUAACCUCUACAACCAAUCAUGAUUCUGCAUUUCUGCUUUUUAACUGUCAACCUUCUAAAAUGCAUCUUCAAUAUCAAACAGUUUCUAUCAAAUCUGACAACAAAAAGGAAAGUUUAGUCCUCUCCUAAAUAGUUUAAUCAUGUGAUGCCUCAAGAAACCUUCACUCAAAGGUAUCUUUUUUAAACCCCUUUAGACAAAGCUUUAUCUUCUCUCAACUUACGUGAAUCAUCCCCUACCAGCAAGAUGCAUUCAAAAAUGCUACAUCUGAAUGUCGAGAAUGUCAAAGAUAUAUCUAAAAUGUUCAACAAUGACAUGUUAAAUAUAUUCUGUGUUCUUAAUAAAAUAUCUGAUUCUGAGUAAAGGUGAGAAAUAAAGACAUUCUACUCAA